AUGAAGUCGGCCGCUGCUGGACGCCGGCUGUUGUGCGGCAUCACGGCCGCCGAAGCCAGCCGCGCCCGCUUCGUGACGUACGGGGCCGACGACGGAGCCGUGGAGCGGUGUCGGGACGCCCUCUCCUACCUCUGCGGAAACACCACAGAGCACAGGUGUGUCUCGCCCAGGGCCUUCUGCGACGGCAUCACCUCUUGCGCCUCCGGCUGGGACGAACAGUACUGUGAUAAGGCGCUGCCGCUCUACACGAAGACGGACGAGGCUCUGGCGUCCACCGGUCUCAUCUGGAUGUCCAUGAGCGCCGCAGCGUGCGCCAAGCUGUGCGACAACUCGCCGGGCUGCCAGGGCUUCAGCCACCACGGCCUCUACAGCCGGUGUCAAAUCCACACGUCGGAGGGCGAGCGGAGUGCCCUGGGUGACCGCUGGACCUCGUACCGACGCUCCCUUCCGGCCGAGUCCAGUGGGACGCGGUCGGCCCGGUACCUGGACCUCCUGGACAGCUCUGCGGCCUCUGAGCAGCCACCCGGCUCUGAAGCGGCGCACACCGGACGGACACGACGGCGCCGUCGCCAGGCGGGCCAUAUGAUGGCGCCCGGGCUGACCAAGUCGGCCGGCGGCGGCCGCUGCGGCAGCCAGCCCGUCUUCUACAUGCCGCCGCGGAAACUGGUGGCCACCACCCGGAUCGUAGGCGGCAGCGAGGUGCCCUACGGCGCCUUCCCCUGGCAGGCGGAGAUCAAGGUUCUGCAGGACGGCUACCGGACCCACCAGUGCGGCGGCGCCGUCAUCUCUCAGCAGUACAUCCUCACCGCCGCGCACUGCGUGGUCACGCACAACAAGGACGACUACAUGGUCAUCCUGGGGGACCACGACCUGGCCAACCUCGACCCGCUCGAGUCGACCUUCUUCAUCGAGAAGAUCCUCGUCCACCCGGGCUACAACCGAGCGACCAAGAAGCACGACAUCGCCCUGCUGAAGCUGCGGCCCAACCUGCGGAAGCAGUCGACCUACAACGAGAAGACGCGGCCGGUGUGUCUGCCGGAGGCGAGCGUGCCGCGGCCGGGAACCGAGUGUGUCGUCACCGGCUGGGGACUCAUGGACCCUAACGACGACGCCAGCCUGUCGACCUCGCUGCGGGCCGCCAUGGUCAGCAUCAUAGCCGAAAAGGAGUGCGCUUCGGACGCCGUCUACGGCACCAAGAAACACUUCAGCGGAGACGGAAUGAUGUGCGCCGGGUACCUGCGCGGCGGAGUGGACGCCUGUAAGGGUGACAGUGGCGGACCGCUGGCCUGCAAAAUUGACGGUCGGUUCCAGCUGGUGGGCGUGGUCUCGUGGGGCGACUCGUGUGCGCAGGCGAACAAGCCGGGAGUCUACACACGCGUCUCGCAGUACAUGGACUGGAUACAGAGCAACAUGCGCUGACCGACACCGGCUGUCAGCGGUCAGCGGUCAGCGGUCAGCGGUCAGCGGUCAGCGGUCAGCGGUCAGCUGCGGGUCAGCUCCGGUCACUGCAAUAGGGGCAUCGACUGCGGGUCAUCUGAGGUCACUGCACUGGUCAUCUGAGUUCGCUGCUGGGCAUCUGAGAUCUCUGACUUAGCUGAGGUCACGGCGGGUCAUCUGAGAUCGCCGAGGUCAGCUGGGGUCACUGCGGGUCAUCUGAGAUCGCUGAGGGUCAGUUGGGGUCACUGCGGGUCAGCUGGGGUCACUGCGGGUCAGCCGAGGUCAGGCGCCGCCGGCGGCGACUGCCGGUCUGGCGGCGCCACUCGAUGUGUCGAGUGUUGAGUUGAGUUUGAGUGUGCCGCGGACAGAGUCAGAGCGUCCUCUCUGAGAUACGUCACUGCCAUCCCUGAGGUCCGCACAGCCCCCCCCCCCUCUCCGGGACACCGGCUGGGGGGGGGGGGGGCGCUGCUGUGUGCCACUGUCCAAUCAAAAUCGGCCUUAUUGCCGAGCUAUCGACUUUGCGCACGCCACGUGUUCGCGGAGGCAUGAACUGUGAGACGGGUUGAGAACUUUUAAAGCGGGUUUGUGUGCGUGUGUGUCCGUGUACGUGUUGUGUCUCUCUGUCGUGGGAGUCGGCCGGGAAUACCCCGGGAGUCGGCCGGGAAUACCCCGGGAGUCGACCGGAAAUACCCCGGGAGUCGGCCGGAAAUACCCCGAGAGUCGACCGGAAAUCAGCUGGGAGUCGGUCGGAAAUACUCCGGGAGUCGGCCGGAAAUACCCCGGGAGUCGGCCGGGAAUACCCCGGGAGUCGGCCGGAAAUACCCCGGGAGUCAGCGGGGAAUCGCCCGGGAGUCGGCCGGGAAUACCCCGGGAGUCAGCCGAAAAUCGCCAGGAAGUCGCCCGAUUUCCCGGGGAGGCGCCAAGCUGGGUCAGCGGUCAGUGGUCAGCGGUCAGCGGUCAGCGAUCUCUGGUCAGCGGUCAGUGGUCAGCGGUCAGUGGUUAGCGGUCAGCGGUCAGCGGUCAGUGGUCAGCGGUCAGCGGUCAGCGGUCAGACGGUCUGCCCGUGUGACCGCUGUGUGGCGAGGGAAACACGUGGGCUCUUUUAUAUCUGUCAGGUGGGGGCUGCAGUUGCACACCCGGCCAGCACCUGCCAGGAGCAAAUGGUUUGCGCUGCGCGAUUUCGUGCUUCCAUACCUGACCUGACCUGACUGAUCGAAGACAUGACCACCACUGCCAUAACCUGAGACACCCGUGUCGGUGGAUGUGGCACCGCGGACCCGGACUGGACUGGACCCUGAACUGGACCCCAGACUCUGGGACUGGUUCCAAUAGACCCGAUCUCCGCACCAAAGAGAGCAGAAUUGCAGAGCUUUAUCCUAGUCAGACGUGUGUUAUGUGCGCGCGUCCAACUGUCUGUACCUGUGUGAGUGGACCACGGAGAGUGGACGAGAGGCGCCGACUGUGUGUGGAACUGUGUGGAGGAAACUACCCCGGGUAAUUAUCAAGCUGAACUGAGGGCUGAGGCCGAAACGUAUGGGUGCCCACUUCGCUGCACUUCUGGAUCUCCGCUUUUGCACAGGAUUAUCUUCCUGAAUUACUUGGCUAAGAAAGCGUGCUAAUGUUUAUCGUGUAUUGUGUUAUUUUUUACAUCUGUAUGUCGUAUGCAGCGUUUGCCUUAGUUAGCUCGGUAGCCUAGACAGCACAGCAAAGAGUAGCAGUAGUAUACAUAACGUAGUGAUAGUUCGUAGUGAUGUAGUGAUAACGUAGUGAUAGUUCUACCGUAGUGAUAGUUCUACUACAGCUGUAGUGUACAGAAUCGAACCACGUCCUACCGGUGUGUGAGCUAAACAUAGACCUCUGUAUAUACCGGUAUACAGAGUGGGCGUAUGGCUAAACCAGUACAUUGGUGGGGGGACAGCCGCUCACACAGUCCGCACUUCUGUCCAGCCGGCCGCACCCCACUGAACGUCCGGCGCUCUCUGUGUAUAAUACACCGCUCUUAAUGUGUAAUACACCGCUCUCUGUGUAUAAUACACCGCUCUCUGUGUGUAAUACACCGCGGCUCUCUGUGUAUAAUACACCGCUCUGUGUGUAAUACACCGCUCUCUGUGUAUAAUACACCGCUCGCUGUGUGUAAUACGCCGCUCUCUGUGUGUAAUACACGGUUAUUGCCGCCGA